GUAACAAUAACAAUGCAGAGCGUGAGCUGCGAGAAGCCCACCGGCGUUUGUGGUAAUUGACGUCACCGGAGGAGAAAGGAAGCCUGUGCGCUGAUUGGCAGUGCCGAUUGAAGUCGGUUGCUAAGAGUUCCUCGCUGCUCGCCAGUGCCGAUUGAAGUCGGUUGCUAAGAGUUCCUCGCUGCUCGCCGUGGAACUCACCAUGGAUCCCGCUCUUCUGAGAGAUCGGGAGCUGUUUAAGAAGCGAGCUUUGAGCACCCCUGCUGUGGAGAAACGCUCCACUGCAUCGUCUGAAUCUUCUAAGAGGAAAAAAGCCAAACUUGAUAUUGGUGGGACAUCCAGUUCCAAGCAGAGCGCAGAUGGCAGCAAUGGAGCAUUUAAUCUCAAGAGUCUUUCUGGGAGCUCUAACUACAAGUUUGGGGUUCUUGCAAAAAUCGUCAACUACAUGAAGACGCGGCACCAGCGAGGGGACACACAUCCACUGUCACUGGAGGAAAUCCUGGAUGAAACACAGCACCUUGACAUCGGGAUCAAGCAGAAGCAAUGGCUUAUGUCUGAGGCUCUGGUAAACAACCCUAAAAUUGAUAUAAUUGAUGGUAGAUAUGCUUUCAAACCGAAGUAUAACUUAAAAGACAAGAAGGCACUUCUGCGGCUCCUGGACAAGCAUGAUCAGAGAGGGCUAGGGGGCAUCUUACUGGAAGACAUAGAAGAAGGGCUUCCCAAUGCACAGAAAGCUAUUAAGGCACUGGGAGACCAGAUUGUUUUUGUGACAAGACCAGACAAAAAGAAGAUCCUCUUCUACAAUGACAAAAGCUGCCAGUUUACUGUAGAUGAAGAGUUUCAGAAGCUGUGGAGGAGUGUCCCAGUAGAUUCCAUGGAUGAUGAGAAGAUUGAGGAGUACCUAAAGAGACAGGGCAUUUCCUCCAUGCAGGAAUCCGGACCAAAGAAAAUGAUUCCAAUACAGAAGAGGAAGAAGUCGACAUCACAGAAGAAACGGAGGUUUAAGACUCACAAUGACCACUUGGCGGGUGUACUUAAAGAUUACACAGAUGUUACUCCUGGCAAACAAUAGCAGUGGUGCAGUCAUCAGGAGUGAGGAUGUUUACAGAAGAACUGUGCCGUAGGUUUUCCUUUUGCUCUCAUUGCCUUGGAGCCUUAAAGUGUGUCUUGAUCAUUUUAGACUCUUCAAUUCAUUUAUACAGUCAAGUGUUACCUUUUCCAGGUGUCGCAGGAAGUUUCAGUCCUGUCUUUUGAUCUGGUUAAGUAUUAAAGUAAUGAAUUACAAUCACAAGGCUGAAAUAUGAUUAUUUUGUUCUUGUGAGGCAGCACAUGAAUGAAAGUGACCACGCUGGCUGCUGUUGUGGAGAUCCUGGUGCUCACAGGGGAACAGCAGCAAUUCAGCAGUUUGUCUUUAUUGUAAAUAGCGGCUAAACAAGUUUUGGGGAAAAGUGUUUUUUGUUUUUGUUUUUUUGUUUCUUCUGUUUGAAAACUUUCAUAACAUCUAAAUGACAAAAACAAUAUUUUAUAUGCCAGACUGCCAUGUCUUAUUGCCUUUUUUCUUUAAUAAAAUAAAAAUGAUUUCAGGAAUGUCCCAGUGAGACGGGAUAA